CAUGGCCGCCAUAUUUGGAAAUGUUUAUAGAUUAAAGUAUUUGGGAUGCUGAGUUUAGGAUCAUAAGUUUUAACUUGUGUAUCUUGAGUUUAGGUUUAUUAAUGAUAUGUUGACCAGUAUUUGUGUACUAGGUGGCUUAAGUUAAAGAAAUAUUUUUAUGGAUAAAUUCUCACUUGAAGAAAUAUGGAAGAGAUAGCGUGUUGGUCAUUCGAAGAGGAAGGAGGCAUUGCCAGCAGCGUAGGAGACAUUCUAGUCCCGAUCUCCAGCACCAAUGGUCAUCAGACGUCUGAUACCACGGAGCAAGACAAGGAUGAUAAUGGUGAAUUCGGAGAGUUUGCGCCUUUGGUUAUGGACACAGAUUGCAAUGAUGAUGCUGAUAAGCCACAGCCACCUUCGCCACACAGUAUCAAGAUUCGUAGCAGCUUGCCGGCACUUUCUCGUAUUCAACGCCCUGAACCUCUGAAACCAAAUCUCAUGGCGACUAUGGCGACGUCUAUGCCGCUAUCUAUGAUUCCUCAGUCUGCAUUCAGUGAGAAAAAUGACAGUCGAAGUGUUCCGAGUAGCAACUUUUCUUUCCAGUCGUUUUCAUUGACGUCGGCUAAAUCAGCCAUAUCGUUUCCUAGUGUGAGUGAAUCAAGCGAACCCCCCUCUCCUGCCUUGACGCCCAGUAACUUGUCCAUGGAUGAUUCAUCGAUAUCCGACAGUCAAGGAAUGACAUCUGGGAACAUGAUUCGACGCGGGUCGAAGAAAAAUGAUCCGGAAGAGGAAGAAAAUGAUGAAAAUCUGGAUUACGAUUCAGAUUUUGAUGAUCUUGAAGAAUUACUUAGUGAACUUAUAAAAAAUAAGAUUUUACCCAUCUCUGAUGAGAAUGGUGAAAAGUUCAUUUGUCCGGUGUGCAAUACGUCGCUGUUGAACCUACACGAUCUCACAGUUCAUAUUCGCUCACAUAACACGCAUGCAUCUGGGUCGCAGUCUAACUCGUGUAAAAUCUGCGGGAAAAUCCUCAGCUCACAGAGUUCCCUAGACAGACACAUGCUUGUACAUUCAGGUGAACGCCCAUUUUUAUGUAAAAUAUGUAAUAUGUCGUUCACAACCAAUGGCAACAUGCACCGUCACUCUCGUAUCCACGCCAAGGAGGAAAAUCUGAAGACAUUAGGAGCCCAGUUUCAUCAGAGACGGACUGGAAAAGCAGCCUGGCGUCAGCGUGUUACCAACUACCUAAACCAGCAGAAAUUGACGACAUCCCCCCAGGAUAUUCUGAAAAAUUUGCCCAACCAUUCCCAGCAUUCUGUAUUCGGGGCACCUGCAGAAAUUAUGUCCCAUAUGUCCUCAGUGGCAGGAUUGAAACGUCAGUUCAGCGCUACAGAUCUCACUUCUGAUUGGCCGAUCUCGUUCAAGAGACCAGCUUUGGAGAGUACGUCAGACAGUGAUAGGAGUUCAGUGUCACCGAGAAAAACUGUCCCUCAGAUGAUCUCAAUUAAAUCGGAGCCAAUGGAUGAAAGCACCUUUUCAGAGACAUCAAGACAGGAGGAAGACAAGGAGGUGCUACACUGCCCAGCCUGUCCAAAGACAUUCCUGUGUAAAUACGGCCUUGCUUCGCACAUUGAGACCCAUCCAAGCCUAUCUAGCCACUGUGGACUGUGUAAUGUCUCCUUCAAGAAUCCACAGAAGCUUCGUCUACACAGACUGAUCUCUCAUACUGAGAGUGAAAAAGGGGAGGAGUCGAAAGAGGAGGAUAAUGUUAAUAAGGAAGUGAAUGAAGAUAAUGAUGACAAACCUUCCGAAGUGAAGGUCGGAUUUAAUGAUCUCACUUUUGUGGAUUUCUCUGUCGAGAAAUUUCCUCUCAUCGCUAAAAAUUACUUUGAGAAGAACGCCAGACAGUCAAGUGAUACAUACCUGAACUUUAUUUGCAAACUUUGUUCAAAAUCAUUCCCAUGUAAAUCAAGCCUGAUUCUGCAUACUUAUUCCCAUUCCAAAGACAAGUGCACGACAUGUCCACUAUGCGAGUGUGACUAUGCUGAUGUGAGUGAAUUUCAUGCUCAUAUGCUCAAGCAUCUGUCCGACAGAGCAUUUGAUGAAACCCGUCCGUCUAAUAAAAAUGAAAAAGGGGAAGAUGGUCUUACACCUGAAAGCCUCUCUAAGCAUGAUUUCCUUGCAAUGUUCCAACUUAAAGAAGAUGAAGAAAAGGUAGAUCAGAAAUCAGCACCUUCUCCCAAGAAAGAGUCGAAACCUCUAAAAAUGGAGAAAUACCAAAACAAUGAAUACUUUGCCAAACUUGGCCAGGUGUACACACCGGGGACUCCGCCCGUGUUCAACCAGCUACCGAGGUUUCCACCAGGCUAUCAGCCAAGCUUGGACGACUUCCACAAGAUGUUGCAGAUCGCCACAAACAUGAACAUGCUCCCUAGCAUGGGCCCUGGUCUUCUCAUGAAGGGCUUCCCGUCCCCUCAGGGGCUUGCGAGUCACAGCUCCCUGAACCAGUCUAGAUUAUCACGCUCAGUCUCUCCCCAGUCUAGGAGCGCCUCAUCGACACCGAAAUCAUCCCACUUCUCUCCGACAAGAACUCCGACAGGUGGGAGGAAUGAGCUGGGAAAAUAUGGCUGCCCAGAAAGGGAGAUAACUGAAAUUAAGAAGAUGAAUUCUUCAGUCAGUGCCCUCCCCUGCAAGUACUGCGACAACUACUUCCCGGACUACAAGGCUCUGAAAAACCACAUGCGAACCCAUGUGAGCCUUUCAACAUACACGUGUAACCUCUGCGUGUACACGAGCCCUGACAAGAGUUCGUUGAUACGUCAUGUGCGCACUCACAGCGGGGCUCGACCAUUUCAGUGUACUGUCUGUGACUUCUCCUUCACAACACGAGCCAACUGCGAACGACACAUCAGGAACAUGCAUGGUAUUUUAUCGCGGGAAGAGAUUGAGAAGAAUACAUAUCUCAACAAAUUUGCCCUAGAGUCUGCAUCCAGCCUUGACAACUUCCACUCUCCUGACACCGUCUGCAAGUAUUGCGGUGUAGACUUCAAAUUCUUCCGUAAUCUGAAGAACCACCUGCGUUCCAACAUUCCAUCUCGUCAGAAGCCGUACGAGUGCCAGCUAUGCUGUGUUGGCUUUUGCACCAAGGACAACUGUCUCCGCCAUGUUCAGAAGGCGCAUCCGGAAAUCAAUAAUAAUCGUAUCGAAAAUUACAUCAAUAUUACAUCAUUCCAAUCUGACGACAAUGAUAAUGAGUCUGUGUGCUCCGAUGAUGGGAUUCCUUUGUACACUGAAGAAACUCGAUCCAGCUUUUAUCCUGACUCCAAAAACUCGACCCCGCAGCCACCUGCUGCCCACUCAACUCCCCGCCCUGAUAGCAUUCUCGGGCGGGAGAGUCGACACGUGUCUCCAAACAGACUGAUUUCACCACUAGCUCACAUUUCACCUGCUCAAAGCCCAUUUGCUAAAAAGGAGUCAGGUGACAGGUCAUGUGAGACUCCUCUGGAUUUCAGCAUGAAGUCUAGCAGUGACUCAUCGAUAACAGAUGGUGGAAAAUCCGAGGAGACACCCAUUGACUUGUCUGUGAGAAAUAACACAGUUCUCAGAGUUCCUAUUGCACCUAAGCCUGUAAUCCUGGACAACCUGUACCAGUGUAUGUUCUGCCCACACGGUUUCUCCGACCGGCAGGCGAUGGAGCGUCACAUGCUGAAGUCGCAUGAUGUCACACUCCCCGAUAGCGGUGUGUUCAACUCCCCACUGGCAGGCUUCCCAAUGUUUUCCAACGAAGGGAAAAUACUCCUUCCACCGAAGUCAGGGGCGUUCAGUGCCAGCAAGAUCUCUGCGUACGCGAGUCAGCCAGUGAAGCCCAUACAGCCCAAGCCCAAAGCGGUGACAUUACAGAGUUUACAAGAUAAAUUGAUGCGCAAGGACCUGACAGCUAGUGGUUCGGAAAAUGACCUUGCUUCUGUGACCAAGAUGAUGAAUGCCACCGACCCGCUCAACUUUCAAGCCUUUUUUACCCCUGUAAAGACUGAAAUUCCAACAUCAGCUCCUGCCAAUCCUGCAACAUUGUCAUCAGUGAAAGCUCCAACAUCCUCAAAAUUCCCGAACAUCUUAAAACGUCCAGGAAUCCAGAUCUCCCUAGAACACUGUAAAGCGAUCAACAGAGAACUUGACAAUCUUCAACGGGAAGGUGACGUCGAUGAAGCAGCCCUAUCUCAGGUUCGAGAGAUGGCACUCUCUGUAAAGGAGGAAGUCGUGAACUCUAACCCUGCAUCAUUGGUCCCUGCCACCCCUGGUUACCAAGGCAACAUUAUUGCCAGCCCCACAACUACUUCCAACCCACCACCCACAGAAGGACAGCAAGAGGACGAAAACUCAGGAGAUGGAUCUACACUAGGUCUGACGAAGGAGGGAGAGGCACCUCCCAAGAAGAAGCGUAACUCGUAUGCAGACAGCCCCCACAAACUAGCGUGUCCCUACUGUCCCCGUGCCUUCCCCUGGGUCAGCUCACUCACCAGACAUCUCCUCACCCACACAGGUCAGAAACCAUUCAAGUGUCCUCGCUGUCCUGUCACAUUCUCGACCAAGUCGAACCGUGAGCGUCACCUCAUCCGUAAACAUGGCGUCAACAUGCUGGACCCUCUGUCCCGUCAGACAAUGGAUCGACCCUACAAGUGCCCAUUGUGCGUUUUCAGCUCGUUUUCUACCCAGAGCAACCUCUUAAAACACUACAAGGAGCGACACAAUGGAGCCAACCUGCCGGACAACAUUGCAGACAUCGAAAGAAUGUCACCAUCUGCCAUUCGUGCUGCUACCAUGGAAAUGGAAAUCAGAGCAGCAGAAAAUCCUCCACAGGCUGAUGAUUCUACCAAUAUGAGUGCUGCCAACGAGGAUGAAGAUGAAGAUAUUGACAAUAGUGUGGGCUCGUCUGAAAAGAUGGAUGAAGAUAUGGAAAGAGAUGACCAUAUUGAUGACAGUAUGUCUGAGAAGUCUGACACCACCUCUUCCUCCAUUCCAUUCACAGUUCCUGCCACUAUGACGCCAAUCAGAGACUCUCAGUUUAUGUCUGGAUCUGAGCUGAAGAUUGCCCCACAUCUGAUGAUGACAAUGCCUUCUCUGCAAAGAAUGAAAGAAAGAGAGGAAUCUAGCAUGGAGCAGUUCAGAAGGUCAGAAGAACCUGACAGCCUAGAGAGGGUCUCAAGUCCUAAUACUAUGAAAAAGAACAUUGAGAAAAUAAUCGCAGAACAGAGAGCACUGAUUGAGCAGAAAAAUAAGAUGGAAAUGAAGAUUCAGGCCGAAAUUCGGGCGCAAAUUGAAUGCCAAAUAAAGCCAGAUGACAUGCCCAUCUCACCAAGUCCCAUUGACAUGAACCAGGAUUCUCCAAGUUCCUUUGACAUCAACAAACCAUUCACAGGCUCAGCGGAGAGGAUCAUCAACCCUGAGAGAGACAAUUACGAUGUCGAUAAGAUCGUUGAAUGCUGGAAAUGUAAGGAGAUCUUCCCAUCUAGGAAGAUCCUGGUCCGCCAUCUUAAGGAACACAACAUUGAUCAUCCAUACAAAUGCUAUCUCUGCGAUGCCUCAUUCGAAUAUCGUGCAGACUGCCUUAACCAUCAAGCCCUCGCCCAUGACUCCGAUUGGAACAUUCUUAAGGACAAAAACAAGGUUGGAGACAUAGACCAGUUUUCAGUUCAUAUGGACAAAGUUGUAGAAAAUAACUGCAAUAAGCUGGAUACUGGCUCGGUGCUCGAGAUCCCGGGUAGUGGAAACGAUGACUCUAAGAUGGAGGUGAUCUCAGCGGACUACAUGCAGAGGAAAGUCUACUGCUCACUCUGCCCAAAGAGAUUCUGGUCCCUGCAAGACCUUCGCAGGCACAUGCGGUCUCAUACUGGCGAGCGUCCAUUCGAGUGUGACAUCUGUCAGAAGCGGUUUACGUUGAAGCACAGCAUGAUGAGACACAGGAAGAAGCACGUGGGAGCCCCGCCUCGUUCCUUUGAUGACGAGGAGGACUCUUUUGGAGCUGACUCUGUUACAAAAGGCAUGAAGUCAUCCCUGUCUGCAAGCCGCGGAAUGUUCCCGUUCUCCACCAGUUAUGCUUUGUCAUCAACCGGUUCCCCAUCUUUGGGUAGCAGCACCUUCAUGUUCACACAAGGCCUAUCGGCUGCAAGCCAGAUGGUUCUCAGCUCCUCCAGUAUUGCUAGUCUCAUUCCCUCUGUUGUGGUUCCCUCCAGCAGUGGCACCAAGCCUAAUGUAUCCCAGGCAAAAGACUCGAAAGUGUCGUCAGAUGGCAAGUCUGCCCUUGAUGCUGUGAAGAGGGAGUUUCUAGACUGCAAUGCUGAUAUGCUCCAUAAUUUACUGGGCGUAGAAUCCUCGGCCAUCGAGAAAAUGCUGGAGAGCUCGGAUGUGAACACCGCUGCCCAGUAUCUUGGUCUUGCUGAAGUGUCCUAGGGACAUAGCUCAAACUUGACCUGUUCCAGCAAAUAUGAAACCUUUAAUUUUAGGGUGCGUGUUACACUUGUUUGUCAUGUAUGAGUCAAGUUGAGGUUAAUAUUAAAAUCUGAAUGAUUCUGAUGGGGAAUUAAUUUUGAAAUUGACGAACACAAUUAAGACUUUUAAUAUAGUGUUGUGUAACCUUUGAGGUUAAUGAUGGAAUAUUAUGCUUGUAUAACCUUUAAAGAGUAUGUCAAGGAAUGCUUCUGAUGUUUUAUUAUCAGACAUUACUUACUGGGAUUUGAAAAUUCAAAUAAAUAUAUCUGUCAGAUAUUGUGUAAUUAUGUUGACAAUCAUUGUUGCACAGCAUUGAAGUUGAUACUGUAAGCAUUGUUACCAGUGUCAAAAAAUUAGAUUUAUUGCUGUAUUCAGAUUCUACUUUUUCUCAGAAAUAUUGUACCAGUUUCCUUAAAGUUAUGAUUUGUAUAGGUUCUGGAAAUGUUAUUGCCUUUAUAUGUUUUCUUGUCUCUGAGCUAAGGAAGAUAUAUUUUGUAAAUAUGCAAAUAUCAGAGCAUCAAAAAGAUACAAGAUUAUAAAGUGAUAAUUAUUAUCAUAUUUGCAUUGUUGAAUUUUUGUGCCGAAGUGCAUUAAACUUAAGGUUGGUGUAUCGAUUUAAGAGUUAAAGCGAUGAGUAAAAAAGGUUUGAAAGACGAAUGAUGGUUGGUAGUUGAAUACUCUACUACAUCGAGUCAGGUUAUUCCACGUUCAGGAAAAUAGACUACCGGUAUUGGUCAUAUCCAAACAGUUUGGAAUGUUUAUUUUUCAAAAUUAGAAAGAAAAAAAAUCUGUACUCCACAGGAACAUGUGUGUGUGUGUGUUUGUGUUAAAAAAUGAUGUAGUACAUAUCUAUUGUUAUAAGUUAUUUUUUAUUGAUAUCAUUUACGAUUUAGUAGUACAAAUCUAUUGAUGAAUUAUUUUUUUUUGGUAUCAUUUACGAUUUAUUUAAAUUGUUUGUAUACAUGUACAUAAAAGUGUGUUAAUCGCAUAGAUUGUGUGAGUUUCAAUCAAAUUUAGACAAUGUUUGACUAAUAUUUGUAAGUAUUUCCCAAUAUGCAUGAUCUCUCAAAGUGGGCCAUGAUUUUCUUUCCAAUGUAUAUUUUUGUUUGCCUCUAACUUGUACAUAUCAUUUAUGUCUUGUUUUGUAAAGUUGUCUAGAAAAAAGGGAGUGAUUUAACUAUAAUAAAAUGGUUUAUUCAUCUUGGUGAAAUUUCAAAGUUUAACGAAACAUGUAUGAUUUGUUAGUGAAUAUCUGUACAAUCAGUCGAUAUAUUUUAUGCUCAAAGUGUUCCAGUGCACUGUUAUUUUAUUCAUAUGGUUGGAAAUGUAAGUCUCUAAUGAUCUGUAAAUAUAAUUCUAUUGAUUGACUUAACUUACAGGUAUAUUUUUGCAUAUUUUUGUGCUGAUUUGUUAUGGAGAUGUGUUUACAUUUUAUGUGGAAGUUUAUUGCAAUAUUGCUGUGAUAAUAUAAUUACUGGGGCGAGAUGUAGAGAUGUUUUUCUAUCAAGCACUAUAAGCCUACUGAUAUGCAACAUUAUAUUCUAUAAGAGAGCUCAUUUGGUCCGUCUCUCUUUAUUGAUUCAGGUCAUAUCUUAGGCUCUCUAACAUAGGUCAUUGCUUAAGCACUCGAACAUAGGUCAUUGCUUAAGCACUUGAACAUAGGUCAUUGCUUAAGCACUCGAACAUAGGUCAUUGCUUAAGCACUCGAACAUAGGUCAUUGCUUAAGCACUCGAACAUAAAGUGCUACAUGUAUAUGAGGUACAUUAUGGCAACUUGCCCCAGAAACCAGUAGAAGAGGAGAUCUGGGACAUUUUUUGAGGCAAAGAUCAGGAAUGUCCGAGAUCUACUCACCUACUGGUACACUUAUGGUUGUUUAUGAAUUGUUAAUUAUUGUAAAAUGUGUUUUUGGUUGUUGUGACAGGUGGUAUUUUUUAGUGUUUUUUUUACAUAUUUGGAAAUCUGUUAUUGGAGGUUGUGCCUUUAUAUAAAAUCAGCAUUACAAUACCAGUUUAUGCAAUGUAGAAUUUAAUUGUUGUUGUUGUUGGUGUGCAUCAUUGCAUCUUUAGUAGAAGAGUUUCAAAAUAUGAAAUGGAAAAUUAAUAAUUGUCUCUAUUUAUUUAGAAGUAUUUAAAGAAGUAAAAAACUUCAUUAAAAAACAACUUAUAUUUUUUAUAAACAUUCUUGUUACAUGGAUAUGAUAGAAUAAAUUUGUAUAUGAUGUAUGUUUUAGAAAAUUAGUGUUAAUGUAUGGGAAAACUUGUAUAUAAAAGCAAUACUAUUUAUUUUCAGUUCCAUUUUCAGUACUCUUAUUAUGUACAUAUUGCACAUUUAGAAAUGUGGGAAAUCAUUCUGAUCUGAGUUCUUUUCAUUAUAAUAAAAUAUGAAAAUCUUA